GCAUCGCCGAGCAUGCGUUGGACGUGGCGGUCCAUCUCGGAUCGGCGGCAGCGAAGAAUCUUCUUAUAAAGCUUCGAGUUGGCCGCUGGGCUGGAGUACGAUUGGGAAGGUUACCAGUUCAAGUGUUUUCACUUUCUAUCGUGGAGUGCAUGAAUCCUGCAUCAAGACAUGUCCGAAGUCAAGCGGAGGAAAGCAAACAUAUCCAAGCCAAACGAAGAUGAACAAAAGAAACAAGUUUUCAAGAGUACCAAAUCCACGAGGAUGGAUCUGCAAACAGUUUCAAGUUUGUUAUCUCUUGUUGCCAUUCUAGGGCUAUCAUGGUUUCUUUUUCAACAGUCUGUUCAGCUGGCUGCUGUAGAAAAGAAAUAUCACAUAUUAAAGGAGGAAGCUGUAAAGUUUCAAGAUAUGGAAAAUAAAAUUAACACAAUCUCUGAAAAGUGUGAAAUGGUACCAAGUUUAACAAAACAACUGGAAGAUCUUAAUGUAAUUCCUCAGAUGAAGUAUCUGCAAAAGGAGAUUAGCAUCAUGCAACUAAGAUCCAUCCGGUUAAUUCAAGAAGAGGAGGAGCUCCAGCUAAAUUUAACAUCUCUCUUUGAUGCAGUUGCUAAACAUGAGGAAAAAACUAAGGGCAUCUCUAUAAAAAUUGCAGAUGUAAAGACUGACAUUAGACGCAUUUCAGGUCUUCAAACAGAUAUAUCCUUAUUAAUAGAGAAUCUAGAAAUUCUAGAAGACAAAGUAAAUAAAGUUGAAAAAGCCAUAAUACAGAAUAUAGGGGAUCUUCUCACUAGUAGCAUUGACAGGACUACAAAGCUACAAAAUAUUGCAUCUGAAAAUACCAGAGAAGUAAAGCACAUUAAGGCAAAAUCAUUUGAGUUGAAAGCAGACUCUACCAAGCAAUUCAAUAAACUUUUAGAAUUGGAAAGUGAUAGAGCUAAAGUUCUGACAACAGUAGCCUUUGCAAAUGAGUUAAAACCUAAAGUCCACAAUUUAAAGAAUGAUUUGGCCCAUUUGCUACUUGUAUUAGAUGAAUUAACAUUACGAAUUGGAAGACUACUUGGAGAUCUAUUGGAAAGCCAGAAGGAACUUGCUCUCCUAAAUAAAAAGCUAUCUAAUUUAACUUCAGACUCAAACUGAGUGACAACUAUUUCAAAGAGGAACACAUCUAAGAACAUUUUAAUUCUAACAAAUCAGAGUACUUUGUUCUAACCAAGUUGUGAUGUUAAAUCAUAAAACUUUAAAAAAUAAUCUGCAUAUAGCGAAUUUAAUUUUUAAAAAGGCAGUUUUGUUUCAAUGUCUGAAUUAGACAUUCAAGUGAAAUCACAAGUUUUAAAUUAUCAGUGAAAAUGCAAUGAUACCUUUAACAUUGGUGAUGUUAAAUCUUAUAAAAUUUAGGUUUGCAUCGUGUUUCU